AAUCAAAUGAGAUGAAUGUUCUUUCAUAAAAUACGCAACCUGGCAACUCUAGAAUCAGGUUUGGCCCACUAAAGCCUUCGGGUGAGAUUUUCUGAUCAGUGUUGGUGUGCAAGAGUUAGGGCAGGAGCAGAAUUGUAGAGUUCAAGAUGUUGUCGACGCGUUUGCUUGUCCGUGCGCGAGGUGCAGUGACCUUCGUGCAGCGAGGACUCUCCACGCAGGAGGUCAUCGCGAGGGAAGAAAAAUUUGGAGCUCACAACUACCACCCCCUUCCCGUAGCACUCAGCAAAGCCCAGGGUGUGUUCGUAUGGGACGUGGAGGGCAAGAGGUACUUCGACUUCCUUAGUGCCUAUUCGGCCGUCAACCAGGGCCACUGCCACCCCAAGAUCGUCGGGGCGUUAGUCGAACAGGCACAGAAACUUGCUCUCACCUCCAGGGCCUUCCACAACGACAUCCUAGGAGAGUAUGAGGAAUAUGUCACCAAUCUGCUCGGUUACGACAAGCUCCUGCCCAUGAAUACAGGCGUCGAGGCGGGGGAGACGGCGUGCAAGCUGGCUCGGAAGUGGGCGUACAAAGUGAAGGGCAUCCCGCAGAACAAGGCCAAAAUCCUGUUCGCCGAGAACAACUUCUGGGGCCGAACACUGGCAGCCGUAUCCAGCUCCAGCGACCCUUCAGCGUACAGUGACUACGGACCUUUCAUGCCCGGAUUCUACCUCGUGCCUUAUGACAAUCUGCAGGUUCUCGAGGAGGCACUCGCGGACCCCAAUGUGGCAGCGUUUAUGGUGGAGCCCAUCCAGGGAGAGGCGGGUGUCGUGGUGCCCUCGGAAGGCUACCUCAAGGGCGUGCGAGAAAUAUGUGACCGCCACAAUGUGCUGUGGAUCGCGGAUGAGGUCCAGACCGGCUUGGCUCGCACGGGACGACGUCUGUGCGUGGACCACGAGGAGGUCAAGCCCGACUUACUGUUGCUGGGGAAGGCGUUGUCUGGUGGAAUGUACCCGGUGUCGGCAGUGCUAGCCAACGACGAAGUCAUGCUAACCAUCAAACCUGGAGAACACGGCUCCACUUACGGUGGCAACCCUCUCGCAUGCAAGGUUGCCAUGGCAGCCCUCGAGGUGAUGGAAGAAGAAAAACUGGCCGAGAAUGCCGAGAAGCUUGGCAACAUUCUGCGCUCUGAGUUGUCCAAAUUGCCCAAGGAAGUGGUAUCUAUCGUUCGCGGCAAAGGACUUCUCGAUGCCAUUGUCAUAAACAAAAAUUUCGACGCGUGGAAAGUCUGCUUGCGUCUCAAAGAAAACGGACUGCUGGCCAAACCUACGCACGGAGAUAUCAUCCGAUUCGCGCCUCCUCUCACCAUCACGGAGGAACAGCUGCAUGAGUGCCUUGACAUCAUUAAGAGAACUAUUCUCUCCUUCUAAUGCUCAUUUCCAUUCCCCCAGUUUCCUGAUUUUUAUACCUGGGGUAUUGAAGAAACGCGUUUUUUUUUUGUUUUUUUUUGUUUUGAAAUUAUAUAUACAGAAAUAUUUUCAUACGUCUGAAGAAAGUUUGCUUGUGUGAAUGAGCGUCUGCUUGUGUUGUUUUCUUGUUCCUGUGUGUUUGUCCGUUGCCGCGUUUGGAUAUGUAUGUAUUUUCAAGCUUGUGAUAGACUGCACUCUGCUUUUAAACUUGUUAAAAUUAUUUUGCUCUUAUAGACCGAGUUGCCACAUGUAUAAUGUAAUGUGUUAUGGCUUUUCUCAUUAAUAAUUACUGUGAAUGUGAAUUUGUAAGUGAUUCUAAUAAAAUACUGCAUAUGAAUA